AUGGCUCAAAGCAGAGACGGUGGAAACCCCUUCGCCGAGUCUGGCGAGCUUGACAACCCCUUUCAGGACCCAGCUGUGAUCCAGCAUCGACCCAGCACGCACUAUGCUACUCUUGACGUCUACAACCCUUUUGAGACCCGGGAGCCACCACCAAGCUAUGAGCCUCCUGCCCCUGUUCCGAUAGCUCCACCCUCAGCUCCACCCUUGCAGUCCUCAAGAAAACUCAGCCCCACAGAACCCAAGAACUAUGGCUCCUACAGCACCCAGGCUUCAACUGCAGCAGCCACAGCUGAGCUGCUAAAGAAACAGGAGGAGCUCAACCGAAAGGCAGAGGAGUUGGACCGAAGGGAGCGAGAACUCCAGCAUGCUGCCCUGGGCGGCACAGCUGCUCGACAGAACAAUUGGCCCCCUCUACCUUCUUUUUGCCCAGUUCAGCCCUGCUUUUUCCAGGACAUCUCCAUGGAGAUCCCCCAAGAAUUUCAGAAGACAGUAUCCACCAUGUACUACCUCUGGAUGUGCAGCACUCUGGCUCUUCUCUUGAAUUUUCUUGCCUGCCUCGCCAGCUUCUGUGUGGAGACCAGCAAUGGCUCAGGCUUUGGGCUUUCUAUCCUCUGGAUCCUCCUCUUCACUCCCUGCUCCUUCGUCUGCUGGUAUCGCCCCAUGUACAAAGCUUUCAGGAGUGACAGUUCAUUCAAUUUCUUCGUUUUCUUCUUCAUUUUCUUCGUCCAGGAUGUUCUGUUUGUCCUCCAGGCCAUUGGCAUCCCAGGUUGGGGGUUCAGUGGCUGGAUCUCUGCCCUGGUGGUGCUGAAGGUCAACACAGCCGUAGCUGUGCUCAUGCUGCUGGUUGCUCUGUUCUUCACUGGCAUAGCUGUGCUGGGAAUUGUCAUGCUGAAGCGGAUCCACUCUUUGUAUCGCCGCACAGGUGCCAGCUUUCAGAAGGCCCAGCAAGAGUUUGCAGCUGGUGUCUUCUCCAACCCUGCGGUGCGAACCGCAGCUGCCAAUGCAGCCGCUGGGGCUGCAGAAAAUGCCUUCCGGGCCCCAUGA